AUGGCUGACAAGGAAAGUGUUCGCUCACACCACAGGUUUGCACGGGCCAUGGUGUUGCCGGGUCGCUUUGUGGGGUUCCAGCUCCCAGAGCCAAGCUGUAAGCACUGCGGGGAACCUCCUGAGGAGACACUAUUGCCACAGCAGGAGGUUUCACUGGCAGGACAUCUAGAGAAGAAGCUUAAAUAUCGGGUCUACCUCUUCCCGGAGCCGGCUGCAGAGCAGGUCUGCCCCAACGCGGCCCCCGUGAGGGAAGCGCUGCUGACGGCAGCCGUGGCCCAGCCAAAAGCACUCGGAGGAUUUUUAAGGAAGAGGAAACAACAGCCACAUGCCGGCCACAACCGGGCCGCUCACCGCGGUAAGAGGUCGAGAAUACCUGUUCUGAAGGAGCCGUGCCCGGGCCCGCCCCGGGGCAGGAGAGGGCGAAGCCACUCCAGGGCGCGCCCUCCGUGGCCCCGCUCGGGCCGGGAGCCAUGCCCGCGGGGAACGGCNGCUUCCCCACCGGCCCUUCCCCGCUUCCCCACCGGCCCGUCCCCGCUUCCCCACCGGCCCUUCCCCGCUUCCCCACCGGCCCGUCCCCGCUUCCCCACCGGCCCGUCCCCGCUUCCCGACCGGCCCGUCCCCGCUUCCCGGCCGGCCCAACCGCCGCAGCCCUGCCGUUCCCGCGGGGCAGUCCGGCCUGGGGUGUUCACUCGCCGCCCUGGCCGGGGGGAUGGGGCAGGAAUUGUUUCAAUUAUGACUCUCACUGCUCUUGCCUAUGAACGCUACAUUCGGGUGGUCCAUGCAAAAGUGAUUGACUUCUCUUGGUCUUGGCGGGCUAUCACAUACAUCUGGCUGUACUCACUGGCCUGGACUGGAGCACCUCUUUUGGGCUGGAACAGAUACACACUGGAGAUUCAUGGAUUGGGCUGCUCAGUGGACUGGAAGUCAAAAGACCCCAAUGAUACCUCCUUUGUGCUCCUUUUUUUCCUCGGUUGUCUCGUAGCACCUGUUGGGAUCAUGGCCUAUUGCUAUGGCCAUAUUCUGCAUGCAGUAAGAAUGCUUCGCUGUGUAGAAGAUUUCCAGACAGUUCAAGUGAUCAAACUUCUAAGAUAUGAAAAGAAGGUGGCUAAAAUGUGUUUCUUGAUGAUCUCCACAUUUCUUAUUUGUUGGAUGCCCUAUGCAGUGGUCUCCCUCUUGAUAACAUAUGGCUAUAGCAACCUUGUAACUCCAACAGUAGCUAUCAUCCCAUCGUUCUUUGCCAAGUCAAGCACUGCUUAUAAUCCAGUUAUCUAUAUAUUCAUGAGUAGAAAGUUUCGACGCUGCCUUUUGCAACUCCUGUGCUUUCGGCUGAUGAGGUUCCAGAGGACAAUGAAAGAGACACCAGUAACAGGGAGUGACAAACCAAUACGACCGAUAGUUAUGUCUCAGAAAGCAGGGGACAGGCCAAAGAAGAAAGUGACUUUCAGCUCUUCCUCUGUCAUUUUUAUUAUCACCAGUGAUGACACUGAGCAAAUAGAUGACAGCGGUAAACACAAUGAGACAAAAGUUAAUGUCAUCCAAGUAAAGCCAUUGCAGGGAUGAGCUGAAGAGACAUGAGAAUGAGAUGGGUUUCAACCACUAGACUGUUGAGGCUGGAGACUGAUUUCAGUGGCAGUGUCUGUGGACUGCCAAAGAAAACCACAUUCUUAAGCUGUGAAAUACUGAAGGGAUUCAGUAUCUGAAGCUCUCCAAGUAUUUCACUUUUGGUCACAGUAUGGAAAUCUCUGCUAAAAUUGUUGAUGGAUGUCAUUACUCUGAAUUUUCUUAAAGCAUAUUUUAUGACUGCUAUUGAGAACUUUCGGUAUCUUAAUGUUUUCUGUAUAUUGAGCCUUCAGUAAAUAAUUAAAUGGAUCAUUUAUAUAAUUUUA